GUUGCUGUCGUGUGAAAAAUAUAAAUUGUUGAAAAUUAAUAAAUAUACUGGAGACACGCCAAGUUGAUCAAACUGGAUUUUGUUAAAGGACAUAAAUAGGCCGGAUUUUUUGGAUUUUACAGUACAUGUUACUGUAACGACUUGGAACGAAAAAGGACUCUUCUCUUUUUUUAAGUAAUGCAAGCAGCAGUCAUGGAGGAAACUAACGCAAUUAACAUUGAGCAACAACCAAUCACCCUCAACAAUGGCCAGGAGCUAGCCUCGUCCAACGAGCAGCCCUCGUCACCCACUCCCGUCGCAACGCCCACCAGCAGCACCAGCGGCACUGGCGCAGCCACGCCAGCUUUUAGCUACGACGACCUAUUCCCGGCCUUGCCGUCGAAUAACGCCGCAGCACCGCUUGGCGGCCCUGCUGGACCAGCAAUCGCGCGUGUAACAAGCACGCAAAAGACGCAGGUUCUGCAUGUGCCCAUGGAGGAGCGCAAGUCGACGGAGUCGGAAAAGUUUGGUGAGGGCGAAUCGAAACGCAUUUGCCAGCAGAUUACGAAGGAGACGGGCGCUCAGAUUGAGAUUGUCAGUGGCAAGAAUCAAUCGCUAACGUUUUUGAUCAAGGGCAAGCAAAGCGAGCUGCUCGAUGCACGUCGCAAAAUCCUCAUGAGCUUCUCCACGCAGGCCAGCCGCCAGGUGAACAUACCGCGCGAGCACUAUCGCGUCAUCCUUGGCAAGCGUGGCGAACGUCUGCGUGAGCUGGAGCGCACCACCGCAACGCGCAUUAAUAUCCCGCAUCAGAAUGAUGAGAGCGAUGUCAUCACCAUUGCUGGCACCAAGGAAGGCAUUGAGCGUGCCGAGCAAGAGAUACGCCAAUUGUCUGCCGACCAAUAUAAGAAGUCAUCGGAUCGUACGGCAGUGCCUAAGAUCUAUCAUCCAUUCAUUGUGGGCCCCUACAGUGAGAAUCUGAUCAAGCUGCAGGAGGAAACGGGCGCCAAGAUCAAUGUGCCGCCACAGCAGGUGCAAAAGGAUGAGAUUAUUAUCUCAGGUGAAAAGGAUGCAGUGGCUGCAGCUAAGGCUAAGGUGGAGGCCAUCUACAAGGAGUCGGAAAAGAAAUGCUCCACGGUGAGCGUUGAGGUGGCCAAGCCACAGCAUCGCUAUGUCAUUGGACCUAAGGGCUCGACCAUUGCCGAGAUUCUUAAGCUCACCGGCGUGUCCGUUGAAAUGCCGCCCAAUGAUUCACCCUCCGAGACGAUAACACUGCGUGGUCCUCAGGUUGCUUUGGGCAAUGCGCUGACCGUGGUCUACCAAAAGGCCAACUCGGUGAAGUCUGUCGAAAUCCACGCUCCACAUUGGAUACACAAGUAUGUGAUUGGACGCAAGGGUGCGAACAUGAAGCAGCUGGAGGAGGAUUGCCCCAAUGUGAAUGUCAAUUGCCUGGAGAAUAAAAUCAAGCUCGAAGGUGAUCCCGAAAAUGUGGACAAGGCUGUUUCAUAUUUGAAUGACAUCAUCAGCAACUAUGAGGAGAACUUCACCUAUGUGGUCAUGACUGUGAAUCCUUCCUACUAUAAGCAUAUUAUUGGCAAAGCGGGCACCAAUGUGAAUCGCCUCAAGGACGAGCUCAAGGUCAACAUCAACAUCGAAGAGCGCGAGGGUCAGAACAACAUCCGCAUUGAGGGUCCCAAGGAGGGUGUGCGUCUGGCGCAGCUUGAAUUACAAGAAAAAAUCGAUAAACUGGAAAAUGAAAAAUCAAAGGAUGUCAUCAUUGAUCGUCGUCUGCAUCGCUCCAUUAUUGGUGCCAAGGGUGAGAAAAUACGCGAGAUUAAGGAUCGUUAUCGUCAGGUGACGAUUACCAUACCCACGCCGCAGGAGAAUACGGAUAUUGUCAAGCUGCGCGGUCCCAAGGAGGAUGUGGACAAGUGCCAUAAGGAUCUGCUGAAGCUUGUCAAGGAAAUCCAGGAAUCAUCGCAUAUUAUCGAAGUGCCUAUCUUUAAGCAAUUCCACAAGUUUGUGAUUGGCAAGGGAGGCGCCAACAUUAAAAAGAUUCGUGAUGAAACCCAAACGAAGAUUGACUUACCCGCCGAGGGCGAUACCAACGAGGUGAUUGUUAUCACAGGCAAGAAGGAGAAUGUGCUGGAGGCCAAGGAACGCAUACAGAAGAUACAAAACGAACUCUCGGACAUUGUCACCGAGGAAGUGCAAAUCUCGCCCAAGUACUACAACUCCAUCAUCGGCACUGGCGGCAAGCUCAUCUCCGCUAUUAUGGAAGAAUGUGGUGGUGUGACCAUCAAGUUCCCCAAUAGCGACUCCAAGAGCGACAAGGUUACCAUACGCGGUCCCAAGGAUGAUGUGGAGAAAGCCAAGGCACAGCUGCUGGAACUGGCCAACGAGCGCCAGCAAGCUUCCUUCAGCGUCGAAGUGCGUGCCAAGCAGCAACAUCAUAAAUUCUUGAUUGGCAAGAAUGGUGCUUCCAUACGCAAGAUACGCGAUGCCACAGGCGCGCGCAUCAUUUUCCCCACCAACGAUGAUAGCGACAAGGAGGCCAUUAUUAUCAUCGGCAAAGAGGAGAACGUGAACAAGGCCAAGGAGCAGCUAGAGGCCAUCAUUAAGGAGUGCGAUGAGGUCACGGAGGGUGAGGUCACUGUGGAUCCCAAGCACCACAAGCACUUUGUGGCCAAGCGUGGCAGUAUCCUGCAUCGCAUCUCUGAGGAAUGCGGCGGCGUCAUGAUUAGUUUCCCACGUGCCGGCAUGAACUCCGAUAAGGUGACCAUCAAGGGCGCCAAGGAGUGCAUUGAGGCGGCCAAGCAGCGCAUUGAGGAAACCGUUGCUGAUCUGGAGGCGCAGACUACCAUUGAGGUGGUCAUACCACAGCGUCAGCAUCGCACCAUUAUGGGAGCACGUGGCUUCAAGGUGCAGCAGGUCACCUCCGAGUUUGAUGUGCAAAUCAAAUUCCCCGAUCGUGAUGCCACUGAACCCGUCGAAGGUCUAACCAAUGGCGUCAAUGGCGUUGAAGAGAGCGAUGGCACGCCAGUCGCGGAGCCAGUGCGUCAAUGUGAUGUCAUCCGCAUCACUGGACGCAUUGAAAAGUGCAAUGCCGCUAAGCAGGCCCUGCUUGACCUCAUACCCAUUGAGGAAGAGCUGAAUGUUCCUUUCGAUCUGCAUCGCACCAUCAUCGGACCACGUGGCGCCAAUGUGCGUCAGUUUAUGUCCACGCACGAUGUGCACGUGGAGCUGCCACCCAGCGACCUUAAGUCUGACGUCAUCAAGGUGUCUGGCACGCCGGCUCGUGUGGCCGAAGCCAAGCAAGCGCUUGAAGUGAUGAUUGAGGACUUUGAAAAGAAUCGUGCUGAUCGCGAGCUGCGCUCAUUUGUGCUCCAAAUUGAAGUCGAUCCGGAGUAUCACUCCAAGCUCAUUGGUCGCCAGGGUGCCGUCAUCAACAAGCUGCGCGCCGACUUCGAUGUGAAUAUCUCGCUGCCCAAGCGUAAUGAUCCCAAUCAGCGCAUCAUUUCCAUCACUGGCUAUCAGGCCAAGGCGGAGACGGCACGCGAUGCCAUUCUGGAAAUUGUCGGUGAACUGCAGACGCUGCAUCGUGAGGUCAUUGAGAUUGAUACGCGCAUCCAUCCGCACAUUAUUGGUCACCGUGGACGCACCAUUCGCAAGCUCAUCUUAGAUUACCAGGUGGACAUCAAGUUCCCAUCUUCUGAUGAUAGUCAGGCCGUCACCAUCAUUGGCAAGGAGGAGGAUGUGGAGAAUGCAAAGGAAAUGCUCCUUAGCAUGGCUGAGGAAUAUGAGCGCGAUUUUCUAGAGAAUAUGCCACCAUCCCCACAGCCACAAACUGUUGGCGCUUUUUUAACCAGCGGCUCGGGCGGCGGCGGCAGUGGCAGCAAUAGCAAUGAGAACGGUUUCAUUAUUAAGGAUGCACCGUGGGAGAAGAAGAACCAGGGUAAAAAUCUAACUGCGCCCAACACUCAGUCGCAGGAAGAUUUCCCAAUGUUUGCCGCGGGCGGUGCACCAGUUACAGCCACGCCCAUCACCUCGGUGUGGGGGCCAAAGAACUAAGGCGUUGGCGCCCAAGCAACUGUCGUGGAUUUCCGGGGAAAUGCAAAGCAACAACGGUACGGGCGCAGCAGGCGUGCUCUGGAAGCGGACUUCUUAGUCGAAAACUAGUGUCAAAACAAAAUACAAAACAAAAGAAAACAAUGAAACUAAACACAAACAAAAUGGUACAGGUUGUCUCUCUCAUAUAUAUACACACACAGACACAUACACACACACACUCCAUCACUCAGUCCUAGGAGCUUUGUUACAACGCAAUUUGUGCAGGUUUAAUAUAUAAAAAACAACAUAAUUGAAAGACAUGUAUGACAAGCUGAUAAGUAACUAUUUUUGUAUAAUUUGAUACAUAGAUAAAAACAUACAGACUCCCUCCUUCAAGCACACACACACACACACACACAAACUUAGACAUAAAAUUGCAUUUAUAGAAAAAAACACUUUAUGGUAAUGUCACACUCCUGCCCUUUGCCCCCAAGUUUGUUUUGCCAGCUAGCCAGUCCUCGCAGAAUACCUACACGACAAUGAAAAACAAAAACAAAUGCCAAUUUCUUUUUUAUAAAUCAUAUUUCAUUUCAAUGCAUAAUAUUCUAAUUAGUUCAAGCUACUUAAAUUAAGCAGACAGUUCAACAAAUGUUUUGUUAAAAAGUGUUUACAAUUGAUACAAAAAAAAAAAGGAAAGAAAGGAAUUAAAUCAACGGUCAAAAACGAAAUAAUCUUAAGCAUUAAAGUGUUAAAUAUUUACUAUUGCUAUUGCAGCUGCUAUAAUUAUUAUUAUUAUUUUUUUUAUACAAAAUUAUUGUUUAAAUGUGGUUGCUUUCUAGAGUUGUCACAUUUCAAAGCCCUGGUUAGUAGUUUAUUCUCGCCUUUUUUGGGAAAAGUGCAUGUUUUAAACGUUUUCUACCGUUGAAUGUAUUGUAAAAACGUUUGUAAUUGUAUAAAGAAGUAAAACAAAAACGGAAACAGAAACAGAAACAUAUAAAGAAAUGAAAUUGAAACUGAAAACAAUAACAAUCGAUUGAAUUAGCAUUCAGUUAUGUACUUUGAAAUUAUGCUUAAUUAUUAUACCACAUACAUAUAUAUACAUAAUAUAUUUUUCUUAACGCACGCCUGCUUCUGCUCCAA